AUGGUUGUGAUUAUUUCUUCUUCUUCUUCUUCUUCAGCAAUGCAAAAUGCUUUUGCUAUUCGAUCAAUUCUAUUUGUGCUUGUUUUUGGAUUAUCCUCGGCACAAUUGUCUUCUAACUUCUAUUCGAGUUCAUGUCCUAAUCUCCUUUCGACUAUCAAAACUGCUGUUAACUCUGCAGUAUCAAAUGAAGCCCGCAUGGGGGCAUCGUUGCUUCGUCUUCAUUUCCACGAUUGCUUUGUCAAUGGAUGCGACGCAUCAGUAUUAUUGGAUGACACUGCCAACUUCACCGGAGAACAGAACGCUGGGCCGAAUGCUAAUUCAUUGAGAGGAAUGGACGUGAUCGACACCAUUAAAUCUCAAGUAGAGAAAGCGUGUCCAGCCACUGUUUCUUGUGCUGAUAUUUUGGCCGUUGCUGCUCGGGAUUCUGUCGUCGCUUUGGGAGGCCCUAGUUGGUCAGUUGUACUUGGAAGAAGGGACUCAACCUCUGCAAGUUCGAGUGCUGCUAACAACAACCUCCCAGCUCCAACUUUGAAUCUUAAUGGCCUUAUUUCUGCCUUCUCUAACAAAGGAUUCACAGCCAAGGAAAUGGUAGCCCUUUCAGGUUCUCAUACGAUAGGCCAAGCAAGAUGCACAUCUUUCCGAACCAGACUAUACAAUGAAGCCAACAUAAAUGCCUCAUUUGCAACAUCACUGAAAGCAAACUGCCCCAACAGCGGUGGCGACAACAAUAUUUCCCCGCUCGACACCCUUACUCCGACGUCAUUCGAUAACAAUUACUUCAAGAAUUUGCUAAGCCAAAAGGGGCUUUUGCAUUCUGAUCAGCAGCUAUUCAGUGGUGGCUCCACCAAUUCUCAAGUUAAUGCUUAUAGCUCAAACUCUGCUUCUUUUUUCAAUGAUUUUGCAAGUGCUAUGGUGAAAAUGGGAAACCUUAGCCCACUUACUGGCACCAAUGGACAAAUCAGGCUCAACUGUGGAAAAACCAAUUAA